GGUGAAAUAAUAGAGGGGAAAACAAAUAGACCAUGUCCACACUAAACGUCCUUAGAUAUUCCUCAUUGGCCGCUGGCAUUGUGUACGGAGCUUACCACACCUACACUUUGAAGCUCGAAGGUGAGAAGAAACAAGAACUGUACGAUUACCAGAAAAAGCUGAAGCUGGUGGAGGCUGCCAAGGCUGAAUAUAGAAAGCUGAACCCACCUAAGCAAGCCGCUUCUACCGAGGCUGUGAACUUCGAUGAUCCAGAAUUUGAUUUCGGGAAAUUUAUUUUGGGUGCUGUUGAGAAACUAGUGUACGAAAUUUUUGGAAAUCUUAGCAUGUUGAUCUAUAACACCAGAGUGGCCUCCUAUGGCCCUGGGUUUACAUCUAGGUUGACGGUAUCUGCUCGUUUAGGUAGACGGUGUUUUUCGAACGACUCGUAUACCUUCAGAAACUUUCAAAACGGCCACACGAUUGCUAAACACUUUGAGACCGCUGGCCAUGGAUAUCUGAUGUCUUUGGCUUUUGAGCCAAAAGAUCGCCUCAAAGACGUAAACCGUCCUGACGACGGGCUCAUUUCCAAGUACCGCAAGAAGGUCCAGACCAAUACUGUGUACGAUUCGCCUACGGGAGAAGAUAAUUAUGUGAUGGCAUAUAAUGAUUCCAAGGUGCUGGCUGGCGUUCUGGACGGGGUUGGUGGCUGGUCUGAGCAAGGGUUUGAUUCCAGUGCGAUCAGCCGCGAGCUGUCCACCCAUGUAACAAUGGAAUUUUUACACGAGGAUCACCUUACUCCGCUUGAGAUCUUGGACAAGGCAUACACCAAAAUGAAGCAGGACGGGUCUGUUGAGGUUGGCUCUACGACCAUCUGUUUUGGCGUCAUUGAUGCUAUGACAAACAAGCUGCAUGCUGUCAAUUUGGGUGACUCCUGGUUCGGAGUCUUUAGGAAACAAAAUUCGCGGUUCAAGUGCGUCUUCGAGUCCAAAGAGCAGACAUAUUCGUUUAACGCUCCGUAUCAGUUAUCUGUGAUUCCGCAAGAAUUCUUGGACAUAGCGAAAAAGAAGGGCUCCAAGUAUUUAAUGAAUCUGCCCAAAGAUGCAGACGAGUACGAAUUCCAGCUCGAGUCAGGAGACGUGAUCAUGUUCACUACUGACGGCUUAAUUGAUAACGUGGUCAUCAAUGAUGUGGCGCUGUAUCUGGAUGACUGUUUUGCAGCAGAUCAGAUAGGGGAAAUGAAUAUGAACCUUGUUCGGAACGUCAAAGAGCUGAGUCUUAAUAGCAACUUCAAGAGCGUGUUUUCGCAGCGACUAAGCGAUCUUACUGGCCAAGAUUACAUUGGAGGCAAGCCAGACGACAUCACCAGCGUGGUAGUCUAUGUCCAGUAAUGAACACCCGGGUCCAUUUACGCACUACUUAAUAAUACACCGCGCGAUUCUAUUUAUCAAGCUUCAACUGGCUCGAAACAUCCGAUCGGCGACUUGACUCUCAGCGUGUACUCGCACUUCUCCGGCUCCGUAACGGCAACGAUGGUGUUUUUUUCGCCGCAUUCCAGCUGAACAGUGGCCUUUCUCACCGGACCGUUCCAGCAUUUGUCUCCAUGUUCGUAGAUCAGCUUGAGCUGCUGUUUUUCUUCGUCAAAGUCGGUCCGUUCAAAACGGCCUAUUCUAACUGCAUGGCCAUUGCGAUCUAUUUGCUCCACUUUUUCCACGAAGCACAAUCUAUAAUCAUAAUCGCCAAUUUUGUCCACGAUACAAUCGUCCAUAGCCAUGAGAAUUUGUUGUGGUCCGUAGUCUUUAUUAAGCCGCUCCUCCUUUGUGUGCAAAUCUCUUCUUAACCGCUUCAAUUCGUCUUCGAUUUCCUUCUUCCGCUUUUCUGACUCUCUUGUCGACGGGAUCUUUUGGCGUCUGUUUGACACGCCCAGGAAAGAGUUCACCAUGGCUUUGAAAGUGGAUUUGAAGUCGAACAGUUCGUUUUCGGCCUCGUCUCCACCGCCAGCCAGUUUCCGAAUUUCUGUCUCAGAGUCUUUCAACUGGCUUUGCAGAGUUUCGAACAGAGAUUUAACUUCACUGUCCUGAUCACUGUGCUUUUCGUCCUUCGUCAAACCUUGAUUGACAGAAUACUCCUGGAAUGCUUGAGCUGCAGCUUUUACGGCCGGGUCAUUGAAAUUGUGGUUAUACUCGUUACUCAUAGAUUCCAAAAUCUCUUCCAGGUUUCUCAGAUUCUGUCUUUUGGCGUCGAGUUGCUUGAGCUUUUCCGAGAUCUGCGAGGAAAUGUCCUCCAAUUUCGAGUCCAGCUGCUCAAACACUGAGAUUAUGGCGCUUUCCUUUUCUGUAGGAGCCUUCAGCUGGUUGAGACCAUAAAGUUCUUGGUCGAGUUUCUCGAUCUCGGCAGACAAUUGUGUAAUUUCGUACUUCAACUUGGUCCGCUGUUUGUGUGCUUUGUGCUGAAUUUUAGCCUUAUUGGCUAGUCCCCUAGAAAUAACCGCAUUUCGUGCCGCUGUUUCCUCCUCCCAUGAUUUCUUCAUUUGUGCGCAUCUAGAUGGGCAUUUUCCAUCAGCCUCGUCAGAACCAUCGCAACACAGAUCGUAAUCACAAAUGCCAUCGUUGACCUUGUAGGAAGGCAAAUAGCUUGGGCGGAACCCUUCAUUCGCGCAGUAAAAUCGACCCAAGCUGCACGCAGAAGUCCCUGGCUCGUCAGAACCAUCUGGACAAUCACAGUAAUCGUCAUUAAUCUUGUCAAAAGAGAUCCUGAUCUCCGGAUUGCCCAGACAUGCCCAAAGCCCGUCCUCGUCAGGCCUAUACAGCGAUUGUCUAUCUGGCUCAACGCCGCGUAUCCAUUCUGCGGCAACGCAGCAACAGAAC